UUCGGCACCUGCAUACAAAGGAAAACGCAGCUCGUGGUUUCGUGCCCGUUUCGCCGAGUGUGAAAAUUAGGUGAAAAUUCGGUCAGUGCAAAAACAUCCUCGAUACCGGUAAGCCGGCAGAGAGCGCAGUUCUACAGCUCCGGUGGAAAAUUCCACUGAUGUUACUCAACAACGUCCUGUGCCGGACUGCUACUGCUGCAUUACGGAUUUCCACGAUCGGGAAGCAUUCAUUCGGCCAAAGUACUUGCACUAGUCGGCUACUAAACCAGCACCUACAGUACCAGAACAAUCUACAGUAUUUAGCCAAAGCAUUUUCAAGCCUUAACGGAAAAAUGGUGAAACAAGGACCACGUCCGCUCGUGAUCUGUGGCCCAUCGGGUUCGGGCAAAAGUACACUGCUGAAGAAGCUGUUCAAGGAAUUUCCGGAUACGUUUGGAUUCAGUGUGUCUCAUACCACUCGCAAACCACGUCCAGGAGAGGAAAAUGGUGUCCAUUAUCAUUUCGUCUCGGUCGAAGAGAUGCAGUCCGCCAUUGAGAAGGGCGAAUUCAUUGAAACGGCUGUAUUUAGCGGGAAUAUGUAUGGUACCAGCAAAAAGGCGGUGGAAAACGUUCAGCAUCAAGGGAAGGUGUGUGUGUUGGACAUUGAAAUUGAGGGUGUGAAACAGAUUCGUAACUCGGACCGAUUAAACCCACUGCUGGUGUUUGUAAAUCCACCAUCGAUCGAGGAACUGGAACGCAGAUUGCGUGGACGUAAAACAGAAACGGAGGAAAGCUUACAGAAGCGUUUAAACACGGCACGGAAAGAAAUAGAAUAUGGCACGGAACUGGGAAAUUUCGAUGUGGUUGUGCAGAACAACAAUCUCAAGCAGGCGUAUGAGGAUCUGCGCAACUUUAUCGUACGGGAGCUAGAAACGCAACAAGGCCAAGGUAUCAAUGUUAGCCUGAACCGUGUGUUUGAUGAGUGAAAUGUUUUUGCUCCCUGUUUGUGUGCCCCCCCCUACCUGAUCUGACAAAACGUGACCUCCAAUUUCCCAUCCACAAAUUCUUGUUGACUAUCGCAGCCUAACGCGUAAACCAUCCCGUUCUCUAAUUGCAAAACUUUCUUGGAAGAAAGUGUACAAAUUUAGCUAACUUUAGUGUAAGGUGAAUUGCCACAACACAAGACAUGACCCACGGUAUUUACCGGUGCUAUGAAACGAUUAUCAUUUACAAACUCUACUAAGGCAACAUGCAAAUGUUCCAUUACUCGUAAUUGUAUCUCUUUAUUGUGACAGUUCGAACCAGAAUUGGCAUUUUUACAACACACUCCACUGUGCAACUUUAUACACCCACACACACCAAAAAAAAAAAGGAAAGUCGAUACCACCUAAUUACCAUUAACCGAAUAUUCGAGUAUUUGCAGAAGGGUGCAAAGUUUUCGAUACAUUUAUAUUGUGUUUGUUAAGACCUUAAGUCGUUUAUUUUUAUUUUACCUCUUUUGCACGGUCUCCGUACUCGUGGAGCAUCAUUUUUAUACAAUCAACGUAAUACUGGCAAUUCUUUGCAGUGUAGAGCAAGUGUUUGAACCACCCUGUAUUGUGUGUCUCGGCUAAACAUGUAGUGCAAUGAGUAAAGGAUCCAGGAUCGAUCGAUUUGUUUAUAGUAAUUUCGAUAUGCUAAUUGUAUUGCCAAGGUUAAAAGUGAAUUCAAAAGCUUACCAAUAAGAUAAGAGAAAUUUCUAAACAUUCCAGUGUCAAAGAGUUGCUUUGCAUACAGAACAGAACAGAUUUAAAUCCCAGACGGAUAAUGUUGUGAAACUUUCUGCGUCAAACAAAGAAACAUUCAAAAGCAAUCAAAAUGAAUCAUAUCCAAUACCGUUUUUCGAUUCUUCCUUUACACAGUCAAAUUAUUUAGCGUGUACGUAAGACAUUCCAUGGUUUAAGAUGAGGGUUAAUUCAUUAGGUAUAUUGGUUAGGAAUAAGGUUGAAAACAAUACUUUCAAAGCAGUACUGUCGACUGUGUGAAUGAUAUUUUUUUCUGUGGUGCUAACACGCAAUCUUGUCCAUUUGUUCUACCUUCAACCUUCGGUAAUGUCCCCCUUUUUGCAUGAUGAAUGGUGUUGUCUUUGUGUUUUUGCUAUGCCCUACCGAGCUACCUAAUUAACCACCAGUAUCAGGCUCUCCCGACAGCCUGCAUAAUACACCCUGCGGCUAAUAUGUUUGGAUUUCUUGUUCUUGUUGAUUGAAAGCUUCGUUAAAAACGAACGUUCACUAAUGAAAUGGAUCAAUUAUUCUCUUUUCCCCCUACACACGACGUUUCGUUUAGAUGUAUUCCUUGUCACGUCACUGGUUAGCAAUUACAAAUCGCUUGAAGUUUAAUUCGGCAGUUUCGGCUACCGAGUUGUGACGCCCUUUUUCACUUUUGAGAGGGGGAUGAGAACCAAUUCCUGCAUCAAUUUUGUUUGGUAUUUUCAACUGUUCAUCAUCAUCACCGUUAUUAAUGCACCGCGCAAAAGAUGCCGUUUCCUUGUCGAUCUUUCCACCUGUAUUCGGACAGGAUAGAGAGGGAUCGAGGCACUAGCCAGCGUAGAGGUGUAAUUACGUAUAGAAUGAUUCCUUUCUAAAUACCCAUCCACCCACAGCCGCAUUGUUGCAUUGUUGUGCAAAUUCCAGCUUGUUGUGCAGUUGUGCUUUUUUUUUGCUGCGUGCAGAGCCACUGCGCAUAGGUAAACGUAAGUGUUAGUUUAAGAAUAAUGGCGCGCGUUUUCAACCCCCCUUCGAUCUGCUCGCUACCUGCCACAAGUAAAAUCAAAACAACCCCACGGCAACCUGGUUGGUGCUGGGCCGUUUGUAUCAACGCAAUGCGCAAUGCUUUUUAUGUGUAGAUUCUUUUUUUAUAUAUAUACUGCAGCAAAACCUUUUUCUAUAAGCAAACUUUAGCAACAACCACAAUAGCAAGAGUGAAUUAUUUUCCAACUUAUCCGUACACUAUAUCGGCAAACGGCAACGUGUUUAGUGAGAUUGGCUUGUGGAACAAAAUUGUUCGUUAAAUGUAAUUGCCAAAAGAAAACAACAUCAGAAUUAGUUCUAGAAUAAUACACCAUGAAAGAAAACUAAUGUUAGAACAGAACCGCAUGUUUAUAAAACUAAUAGUACUGUACUAGGAAGUAGCCACUGAUCGGUUAGGUGCACUGCACCUCUGUACCGCAAAUUGGCAGAUUUAUAAAGUUUACUCCGUUGUUUUAGGAAGAGAAUAAUUGAAAUAUGUUAACACACCAAUUCACAAUAAAGUGUACUAUAUU